GGCAAGGCUUCCCCCUUCCCUAUCCCUCCCCACCCCUCCCCCGCCCUCCAGGCCCUCUGGGACUACUGCGCCGAGUCGCUUGGAACGCGGCAGUGGCGGCGGCGCACUUUCCCGGGCUGUGGCUGGAGCAGCGCUGUGGUGCGCGCGCUGCGGGGCCCCUCGAGACCUGGGGACCGAUGGACUGAAGGGAGAGCGGGAGGGAAUCCCGGGGCUGCGGUGCUGCGCUGGCGGGGAAGCCCUUCGGUCCCCUGUGAGCCGAGCAAGUGGGGCGGGCGUCUCCCGAGACUGCCACUGGCCCCUCGGCCCUGACGGGACCGCGCAGAGCGCGUCCCCCGAAGGCAGCCCCCGGGCCCGCGGCCCUGACUUGGCCCCGCGCAGCGGGCGCGGGGCAGCUCAGAGGGAGGAAGCAAGAGGGGCCGCCCUCCCCUCGGAGUUGCGAGCGCCUUCCCCGGGUCCAAAAUGCCCAAGAAGAAGCCGACGCCCAUCCAGCUGAACCCGGCCCCCGACGGCUCCGCGGUUAACGGGACCAGCUCGGCAGAGACCAACCUGGAGGCCUUGCAAAAGAAGCUGGAGGAGCUGGAGCUCGAUGAACAGCAGCGGAAGCGCCUUGAGGCCUUCCUUACCCAGAAGCAGAAGGUGGGAGAACUGAAGGAUGACGACUUUGAGAAGAUCAGUGAGCUGGGUGCUGGCAAUGGAGGUGUGGUGUUCAAGGUCUCCCACAAGCCGUCUGGUCUGGUUAUGGCCAGAAAGCUAAUUCACCUGGAGAUCAAACCUGCAAUCCGGAACCAGAUCAUACGGGAGCUGCAGGUUCUACAUGAGUGCAACUCCCCUUACAUUGUGGGCUUCUAUGGUGCAUUCUACAGUGAUGGCGAGAUCAGUAUCUGCAUGGAGCACAUGGAUGGGGGUUCCUUGGAUCAAGUCCUGAAGAAAGCUGGAAGAAUUCCUGAACAAAUUUUAGGAAAAGUUAGCAUUGCUGUAAUAAAAGGCCUGACAUACCUGAGGGAGAAGCACAAGAUUAUGCACAGAGAUGUCAAGCCUUCCAACAUCCUAGUGAACUCCCGUGGGGAGAUCAAGCUGUGUGACUUUGGGGUCAGCGGGCAGCUCAUCGACUCCAUGGCCAACUCCUUCGUGGGCACAAGGUCCUACAUGUCGCCAGAAAGACUCCAGGGGACUCAUUACUCGGUGCAGUCGGACAUCUGGAGCAUGGGGCUCUCUCUGGUUGAGAUGGCGGUCGGGAGGUAUCCCAUCCCUCCUCCAGAUGCCAAGGAGCUGGAGCUGAUGUUUGGGUGCCAGGUGGAGGGAGAUGCGGCUGAGACACCGCCCCGGCCAAGGACUCCCGGAAGGCCCCUCAGCUCUUAUGGAAUGGACAGCCGACCUCCCAUGGCAAUUUUUGAGUUGUUGGAUUACAUAGUCAAUGAGCCUCCUCCAAAGUUGCCCAGUGGAGUAUUCAGUCUGGAAUUUCAAGAUUUUGUGAAUAAAUGCUUAAUAAAAAACCCUGCAGAGAGAGCAGAUUUGAAGCAACUCAUGGUUCAUGCUUUUAUCAAGAGAUCUGAUGCUGAGGAAGUGGAUUUUGCAGGUUGGCUCUGCUCCACCAUCGGCCUUAACCAGCCCAGCACACCCACCCACGUGGCUGGCAUCUAAGCAUUGGGGAAGAGCCGAGUCCCCUGCCCAGCAGCAUGCCAUGUUGCUUCUGGGCCUCCUUCCCAUGCCUGUCUCUGUUCAGAUGUGCAUUUUACCUAUGACAAAGGAUGAAGAACACAGCAUGUGCCAAAAUUCUACUCGUGUCAUUUUCAAUAUUUUCAUCUUUAUUCUUAUUACUAUCGUUAUUCCCCUAAGUGGACUGGCUUUGUGCUUGGGGCUAUUUUUGUGUAUGCUGAUGAUCAAAACGUGCAAUGUUGAACUACAGUGAAACUCUGGUGACUGUGGGUAGUCAUUCUUACUGAAAACUGCACUGCUCUCCCACACCGUGACUGGCUGGCUGCCUGUAUUUCCGGGAUUCUUUGACACUUGGUGGUACUUCAUUCUUGCCAGGCUUACCUUCUUUCCAAUUGAGUAGGAAGGGGCCUUGUAAGAUCCUUCACAGGCAGUGCAUGUGAAGCAUGCUUUGCUGCUAUGAAAAUGAGCAUCAGAAAGAGUAUAUCAUGUUAUUUCAUUAUGUUUUUGCUUUUGGUGUAGAAUUCAGCAGUUUCCAUCAAAAUCUAGCCAGAGCCCUUCACUGCCAUGAUAGCUGGGGCUUCACCAGUCUGUCUACUGUGAUGAUCUGUAGACUUCUGGUUGUAUUUCUGUAUUUAUUUUUAAAUAUACCCUGUGGGAUAUUUAGUGCUAUGUCUCUAAGUUUGGAUUAGUGUUUCUAAAAUGGUGGAAGUUACUCUGAAUGUUACAAAUGGAUCAAGGCAUUAACAUGUAUGAGAUUUCUUUCCCCAAAUCCAAGUACUGAUGCUAUUAUAAACAACAGUGUGUAUAGUGCCUAAAAACUGUAUGGAAAUCCUUUUACCAUUUUAAUCCAGACGUUUAACAAAUCUAAUCUCUUAUUCUAAUAAAUAUACUAUCAAUUCAAAGGGUGAAAG